AUGGACGCGGCGCUGCUCCACAGUCUGCUGGAGGCCAACUGCAGCCUGGUGCUGGCCGAGGAGCUGCUCUUGGACGGCUGGGGGCAGCCUCUGGACCCCGAGGGUCCCGACUCCUACUGCAACACGACCUUGGACCAGAUCGGGACGUGCUGGCCCCGGAGUGCGGCCGGAGCCCUCGUGGAGAGGCCGUGCCCCGAGUACUUCAACGGCGUCAAGUACAACACGACCCGGAAUGCCUAUCGCGAAUGCUUGGAGAAUGGGACGUGGGCUUUGAGGAUCAACUACUCUCAGUGUGAGCCCAUUUUUGAUGACAAGCAGAGGAAGUACGACCUGCACUACCGUAUCGCCCUUGUUGUCAAUUACCUGGGCCACUGCGUCUCCAUGGCAGCCCUGGUGGCCGCCUUCCUGCUUUUCCUGGCCCUGCGGAGCAUCCGCUGUCUGCGGAACGUGAUCCACUGGAACCUCAUCACCACCUUCAUCCUACGCAAUGUCGCCUGGUUCCUGCUGCAGCUCAUCGACCACGAAGUGCACGAGAGCAACGAGGUGUGGUGCCGUUGCAUCACCGCCACCUUCAACUACUUCGUGGUCACCAACUUCUUCUGGAUGUUCGUAGAGGGCUGCUACCUGCACACGGCCAUCGCCAUGACCUACUCCACAGAGCGCCUGCGCAAGUGGCUCUUCCUCUUCAUCGGAUGGUGCAUCCCCUGCCCCAUCAUCAUCGCCUGGGCUGUCGGCAAACUCUACUAUGAGAAUGAGCAGUGCUGGUUUGGCAAGGAGCCCGGCGACCUCGUGGACUACAUCUACCAGGGCCCCAUCAUCCUUGUGCUCCUGAUAAACUUUGUAUUUCUGUUCAACAUCGUCAGGAUCCUAAUGACAAAGCUGCGAGCGUCCACCACCUCGGAGACGAUGCAGUACAGGAAGGCGGUGAAGGCCACCCUGGUCCUCCUGCCCCUGCUGGGCAUCACCUACAUGCUCUUCUUCAUCAACCCCGGGGAGGACGACCUGGCACAGAUUGUGUUCAUCUACUUCAACUCCUUCCUGCAGUCCUUCCAGGGUUUCUUUGUGUCCGUCUUCUACUGCUUCUUCAAUGGAGAGGUGCGCUCGGCUCUGAGGAAGAGAUGGCAUCGCUGGCAGGAUCACCACUCCCUGCGAGUGCCCGUGGCCCGGGGCAUGUCCAUCCCCACAUCACCCACGCGGAUCAGCUUCCACAGCAUCAAGCACACGGCCGCUGUGUGACCCCCGGCCGCCCACCGGCCCCACACUCCUCCCCGGUGGA